CCUGAGUUAAAGAGCAGAAUUAUUGGCUGUCAGGCUCAGGGGUAAUGAAUGGGGAGCAGCCGCUCGGUCGCCAGGAGACAAACACACAGACAGAAAAAGGUAAAGAGAAGAGAGGAGAUGAUACCCUCGACCAGGAAAGGCGUCACCAUGCCGUCACUCCCUGAGACCUCCGCCACAGGCAAACCUUUCCUCAGCUGUUUAGCCAACCUCCUCUCAAUCCUCCUCUUCCUCAGUUCAACUGGCGUUCAUGGGGCAUCUCUCAGAGAACACAGACUGCGAGGAAGUGAACCAGACUCCCCUAGAGGAGACAUCCGCCAGGCUCCUAAUGCCGACAUGCUCAAAGCUUUGGAGUACAUCGAGAGUCUCCGUCAGAGAACCGGCACAGACUCCCAGCAGCACGCCCCUGUAGCUACAGGGUACGAUGCCAGCCACAUGGAUGAUGCUGAGAAGCUGCGUGCCAUGCUGAGACUGGCUUCUAACCAACAGAGCAAGGAUGAGGAGGACGAGGAGGAGGAUGAGGAGGAGGAAGGAAGGGAGGAUAAGAGCGAGGAGCUGCUCCAGGCUGUGCUCAGCACUCUCCAGCAGACGGAGAAGGCCAAGCCCACUUCUCUUCGUCCCAGCGUCGAAGGCAUGAAGGACAGCAUGCAUCCAAGAGUGCAGCAGACGCAGCACACCAUCAAGCCUCACAAAAAGCUGCCGCUGUUGUUCGAAGACGAGGAGGAGGGUGAGGGGGAUGAGGAAGAGGACGAGGAGGGGCCUGAUCUGGAGCACGAGAGCCCCUUUAAACGAACCAAUGAGAACGUAGAGGAGAAGUACACGCCUCAGAACCUGGCGACCCUGCAGUCUGUGUUUGACGAACUGGACAAGCUGACAAGUGUCCAUAAACGCCAAGAUGAGGAGGAUGACACAGAGGAUGAUGAAGAGGAAGAUGAUAUGUUUAAUGUGAGGAAUGUGGCGUAUGAUGACAGGGAUCUCGCAAACUGGGGGCCGCUACAAGAACAGGAAGAGGAAGAAGAGGAGGAGAGGGACAACAACCACGAAGCCAACCGAGGCCUCGAUUAUGUUGACGAUAAUGACGAAGACGCUGAUGAGGAUGAUGAAGAGGGAGAUGAUGAAAGCUACUUGGUCAAAAGGUCAAAAGAUCCAGAUGAUGUUGCCAAUCUGGUAGACUAUUAUCUUCUGAAAGUACUGGAGAAAACAGAAGAAGAGGAGCAGAAACGAGAGAUAGAGGAAGAUGCAAAAAAGAGGGCAGAGAGGAGAGUGGCUAAGAUGCAGUACAGCGACAACAUAGACCCGCAGGCCAUCUACCAGCUCAUUCAGAUCUCCCAAAAAUACCAAAUCCCACCUGAAGACCUCCUUGACAUGCUCAAAACAGGAGAGACGACGGGUCAAGACAAGUCACGAAAGAUCAAUGAAUUUUCCAGAGCAGGAAACAAGUUCGCUCAGACAUCCCCAAAGACACACAAGAUGCCCGAAGCUAAAUUCUACAACAGACGCUUUCCUGACAGACAAAAAACCCCAGAGGAGCUGAGGACGGAAGAGAUACUGAACAUCCUGGGGUUAGGGGACGACAUGGAGGAUCGAGCUCCUGUCAGGAAGCAGUACAAAAGCUCGCUGUCACGACUUCACACUCAGCCUCCGGGGCGUUCGGGGGAAUCCGCUCCCACGCAGCGGCGCCUUCCAAGCACAUUAAAGAACGACUAUGACGACACUGAGGACGAGGAUGAACUGGCAGCGUAUCUGGCAGCUCAGAUGCUGGCACAGUAUCCAAAGCCCGCGUACGGCAGCAAGGCGAGCCAAAAGCGAGAGCUUGGACAGAGCACGACGGACUCUUUUGAGCAGGCGAUACAGGCUUAUUUUGAUCAAAUGGACUCAGAGAAAAGCGCAAAUGAAAAGAGACAGACUGAGGAUGAUGAGAGGGGCGGAGAAAUGCAAGGCUUUGAUAACGAGGCGGCGAUGAAACUGCUGAGCUACCUGAACCCAGAAACUGAGGAAAGUGACGCCAAAACUGCCCCAGGAAUAUAAGAAAAGGCUAGAGAGAAACACAUCUAUAAAUAUAUAUAUUGUUUUGGAGGUUGAAAAUAAAGUAUUUUGAAGAAUAAAAACAUGCAGUCUUUAGUUAUUCUGUAGAUUUACAAAAGUUCAUAUUUAUUAGCAGAAAUAUGAAUGUUCAGACAGUCAUUUGAUGCUUUUUUUAAUGAUGUUUGUUGCUCAACGACACUUAACAACCAGUACAUGUGACUCACCAGCCUUUCAAUGCACACACAUGCACAUGCACACACACACACACACACACACA